UAAUCAAAACAAUGUAUGAAAAGUAAAAAUAUAGAGAAUUAUAAUUUUUUAAAUAAAAGAUGUGUGCUCAAAGUGUAAAAUUGUGCCAGUAUUGCAAUCGUGAAGUGAACUCAACUAGCAAUCGCCUGAUCCAGGAAUUAUGUGGCCACAAUAAAUGCAGGAGGUGCUUUAUCCAGGAGAAGAAUGGAUGUCGAAUAUGCCAAGAGAGCCAGGAGAAUGCCCGCAAAUCGCCACAAAUUCACAAAGUAUCAAGCACACCGUGCAAAAUGAAGACAACCUGGGCACAGAUGGUAACAGCUGCUAAGGAAUUGAGUGCAGAAAUUGGUCAGGAAGAGGCUGAAAAUCCUGGAAUUGGGACGGAGAAUGAAGAGAAAUCUCUGGACUCUGAGGCCUGGCAGAUAGAUACGGAUGUCGAAGAGAAUGGAGGCUGUGCUGAGGAUGUGACUGAGGAAGUUGUUCAGGAAUCUAAAAAUGAGAAAUCUGAUAGUCUUUCUUCAGUUCCUGACCAUAUAACUGAACAAAUAUUGCCAGAAUCUCGGACAAGGACCAAAUUUAGGCUCUCUAAAAAUGUCAAGAGGCUGGACAAUCAGAGAUUUGAAUGUACAAUCUGUCAGAGGCAAUUUUCCAGUCGUCAGCAAUGUGUUUACCAUUCCUACUGUGAUCCCUCCCGGAAGAAGCCCCAUGAAUGCCCCCAUUGUGGUCUUGGGUUUGUCACUCUGCAUCAUCUCCAGUGUCACCUGGAAUCUCAUGAAGGAAACACCCUCAAAUGCAGCCUCUGCAGCAAGGAGUUCAACAGGACACAGAGUCUGCAGAAGCAUCUGAAAAUCCAUAAAGCUGAAUAUGAACACAAAUGCUCAAAAUGCGACAUGACCUUUCCUUUUAAGUUUUACCUCAAGCAACAUGAGCUUAAACAUGAAAAUAUCCGGCCACAUAAAUGCACAAUCUGCUUACGUGGUUUCGCCCUGAAAGAGAACCUCAAGAAGCACCUUCUGGUCCACACCAAAGAAAAGAGAUUCACCUGUGAAGAAUGUGGUAGGAAAUUCAGCAGAAGUACCACUCUAAAAGCCCACAGAAACACUCACUCAAAGAAGCGCCUCUUUGGACCUUGUUCUCAAUGUGGGAAGACUUUUGUCGAUCCCAGAGGCUUCUCCAGGCACUCAAUGACUCACAAUCAAACACCUUCUUUUAAUUGUUCCGUCUGCAAAGCCGUGUUCAAGAGGAAAGACAAUCUCAGGAGACAUAUCAGGAUCAUCCAUCCUGAAGAAAAUCUACAGGAAACCGUUGAAGAGUCAGUGGCAACUAGACAGGACACUGAAGGACAUUUAGAGCCAAAAAUAUUAAACAUUCCCGCCACAAGGACUUGCAGUGUGAUUAAAUUCACAGGAAAUGCAAAGCCGCCAAUUGUUGAACCUCCAGCAGUUGAAAAAACUCCUCAAAGGAGUCCGGAAGCUGAGAAAAUUGCAGAAGUUCCUGAAAAGCCAAAGACAAAGAAACCCUAUGAUCCCCUCGAGAUCUACAGAAAAAUCCUCUGUCCCAGCAAAGAUGAUGAAGAUGAAGAUGCAGGAGCUUCGGAGAGUAUCACCAAAAGUCCACAGGAGAACAUCUUUGUCCACUGGCGCAAGAGAACAUCCCUCAAUUUUACACAGAAUGCAAGGAGAAAAGACUAAGUCAAGACUGAAAAGCAAUCUUGUGGGAAGCACAAGAUGUUUCCUGCAAUCUCUGAGAGUGUAUCAAAGUG